UCUUACAAAGUGGUCAUUCGAUAUUUGAGGGGCUCGCAUUGCGUUCAGGGGGUGCACUAAGAUUUUCUCAGUUGUAACUUGAAAGACCACAGCAGAUCUCGCAAAUCGUGGCCCAACCUCCGCUGCAAACGCAUCAACAGCUUGUGCGCAUUUGUCAACUGGCAAACAACUAUACAGGACGAUGCGUUGAUUCUCAACCAAUUCGUUGUUUUGACAAAAUCCUCCAUGUACCUCACCGGUGAUGGCGGAGGAUAAGACAUCGGAACCCAUCCACCUGGAGCCGUUCAUCCACCAGGUGGGCGGCCACAGCCACAUGUUCUCGCUGGACGAGAUCACCGUCUGCAAGCCGCUGAUCACGCGCGAGCUCCACUUCUACGAGAGCAUGCCCGAGCAGAUGAAGCAGUUCGCGCCCGAGUACAAGGGCGUCAUCGAGGUUAAUUUCGUGGAGGAUGCCGACGGUUACGUCACGCUAAUGGCGUAUCCACCGAAGAGCUACGAACGAAAGUUCCCCGCCCAGCGCAACGAGUCGCGAACAAAACGAAGGAUCCGGAUGCGGCCGUCUGGCAGCCUGGAGAUCGAGGGCGAGCACAAGCAGAGCCAGGUGUUCGAGGAGGCCGACCAGCGUCAGGACGAGCCGGGUGCCGCCGGGCGCGUGCCACACAACCCCUGGCUGCUGCGCUGCGGCCGCAGCGACCUAACGCGGCUGGCGGCCGACGCGCUCUCGUCGGCCGGCCAGCCGGACGCCGGCUGCAGCCGUCCACCCUCGCAGAAGUACAUCCUGCUGGAGAACCUGACCCACAAGUACCAGUACCCCUGCGUACUGGACCUCAAGAUGGGCACGCGCCAGUACGCCGACGACGACUCGGCGGCGAAGCAGCAGCGCAAGAAGGUCAAGGUGGCGACGACCACCUCGUCCAGCCUCGGCGUCCGCAUUAACGGCAUGCAGGUGUACCAAGUAAACCUCUCCCGCUUCAUCUGCCGCAACAAGUACUACGGCCGGAAACUGGCCGUGGACGGCUUCAAGCAGGCGCUCUGCCAGUUCAUCGACAACGGCUCAGUGCUGCGCACCGACCUGCUGGGGGCGAUGAUCGCGCGGCUGUCCGAGCUCCGUGACGUGUUGCAACGGCAGCAUUCGUUCCGCUUCUUCACCUCGUCGCUGCUGGUCAUCUACGACGGCCAGGAGCCGCGGCACGACGUGCCCGAGAGCUCGGCGCGCGUCGACGUCGACGUGAGGAUGAUCGACUUCGCGCACGCCACGCACAAAGACUUCGAUGAUCCGGUGCAGCACAGCGGGCCCGACCAGGGCUUCAUCUUCGGCGUCGAGAGCCUGAUCUCGGUGCUGAAGACGGUGCUGCAGGAGUACGGGUAG